AUGGAGCGGUACGCAGGUCGCGUCGCCCUGGUGACCGGAGCCAGCUCCGGGAUCGGUGCCGCCAUCGCACAGGCGCUGCUCAGGCGCGGGCUCAAGGUCGUCGGUCUCGCCAGGAGGGUCGACAUGGUCAAGGCUCUAGAACUGAAGGAUGCUCCGGGUACGCUGUAUCCAUUGCAGGGUGACGUUAGCAGCGAGGAGGGUAUUCUAUGCGCCUUCAAAUGGAUUAAAGAGAAUUUAGGAGGAGUCGAUGUCCUCAUCAACAACGCCGGCAUUUGCAGAGAGAGUCUUCCGUCAACUGGACAGACAGCCGAGUGGAAGCGCAUACUGGACGUCAACGUGCUGGGGCUGUCUAUCUGCACCAGGGAGGCCGUCCAGAGCAUGCUGGACAGGGGUGUCGACGACGGCUUCAUCAUCCAUAUAAGCAGUAUAUUUGGUCACAUUAUGCCACUUGAUCCAUUGUACUCUAUGUACCAUGCCAGUAAGCACGCUGUCAAGACCCUGCUUGAAGGGCUGAGGAAAGACCUGGUUGCCAGGAAGAGCAAGAUACGAUGUGGGGAAAUAUCACCAGGACUUGUGAAAACAGAAUUAUUCCAUGCUUUAAAAAAGAAUACGCUUGAAGUACUCGAAAAUAUGCGUAUGCCUAUCAUGGAAUCUGAGGACAUAGCGGAUGCAGUUAUCUAUAUGUUAUCGCAACCUCCACGUGUUCAAGUCUGCGAUAUUAUCCUUCGUCCAACCGGAGAUUUGUUGAACUGAUGAAAAAUUAAAGUGCUUCAUAAAGUUUGCGAAG